AUGGCGCUCAAAAUCAUGCUCGAGCAUGCUCACGAAAACAAGCUGUUUUGACGAAAUGUUAUUUCCUUCUGUCCCACGCAGGCAAGGCUAGCUCCAGUAUCUCCUCCGAUGUGAGCUCCAGCACUGAUCAUACGCCCACCAAAGCUCCCAAGAAUGUGGCUACCAGUGAAGAUUCGGACCUGAGCAUGAGGACUCUUAGCACUCCUAGUCCCGCUCUCAUCCUGAAGUCAAACCCUCCUCAAACGGUCCCAAACGGCAAUGAAACGUCUUCCCCGUUUUUUACCGUCACCGGUGAAACAGUGGCUCUGGUUCACCCUCCUCCAGGCUCUCGCUCACGGCCCUCCAGAGUCCCUCCGACCGCCCUCAUCGACAGCCUGCCCGAUCCCGUCUUACUCCAGGUGCUGUCCUACCUGUGCACCCCUCAGCUGUGCCGCUGCGCUCGGGUGAGCCGGCGCUGGUAUAACCUGGCCUGGGACCCGCGGCUCUGGAGCAGCGUCCGUCUGACCGGAGAGCUGCUGAGCGCCGACCGGGCCCUCAAGGUGCUCACCCAUCGCUUGUGUCAGGACACUCCUAACGUCUGUCUGACCCUGGAGAGGCUGGUGGUCAGCGGCUGCCGGAGGCUGUCGGACCGAGGGCUGCGUGUGGUCGCUCAGAGCUGCCCGGAACUGCGGCGUUUGGAGGUCGCAGGCUGCUAUAACGUGUCCAACGAAGCAGUGUUUGACGUGGUCUCCCAGUGUCCUAACCUGGAACAUCUAGACGUAUCAGGGUGCUCUAAGGUGACCUGCAUCAGCCUGACGCGGGACGUGUCCGUCAAACUCUCCCCUCUUCACGGGCAGCAGAUCUCCAUCCGCUAUCUUGACAUGACGGACUGUUUUGCUCUGGAGGACGAAGGCCUGCACACCAUUGCCGCCCACUGCACUCAGCUCACCCACCUCUACCUGCGGCGCUGUGUGCGGCUGACCGACGAGGGCCUGCGCUUCUUAGUCAUCUACUGCCCGUCCGUGCGGGAGCUGAGCGUCAGCGACUGCCGCUUCGUCAGUGACUUCGGCCUGCGGGAGAUCGCCAAACUCGAGGGCCGCCUGCGCUACCUCAGCAUAGCGCACUGCGGCCGCAUCACAGACGUGGGCGUGCGUUACGUAGCCAAAUACUGCAACAGACUGCGUUACCUGAACGCUCGGGGCUGCGAGGGGUUGACGGACCACGGCAUCGAGCACCUCGCCAAGAACUGCCUCAAGCUCAAGUCCCUGGACAUCGGGAAGUGCCCGCUGGUGUCGGACGCCGGCCUGGAGCAGCUUGCACUAAACUCCUUCAACCUGAAGAGACUGAGCCUGAAGUCAUGCGAGAGCAUCUCGGGCCGCGGGCUGCAGGUGGUGGCGGCCAACUGCUUCGACCUUCAGCUGCUGAAUGUACAGGACUGUGAUGUGCCACUGGAGGCGCUGCGCUUUGUCAAGCGUCACUGCAAACGCUGCGUCAUUGAACACACCAAUCCAGCCUUUUUCUGAGAGCUGCACAGACUGGGAUUGUGUGCUCUUGUGACCCGGGCCGGUGACGUCUCUGCUGGACAACACAGUGGAGAUUUGCACUGCUGCACCUCUGUAUUUAAUUUGCAUGGUUGGGAGAAAUAUUAAAGGAACAGUUUCCCCGAAAAUGAAAAUUACCAAACAAUCUACUCACCUCCAAGCCAUCCUAGGUGUAUAUGACUUUCUUCUUUCAGACGAACACAGAGUUUAAAAAAAAAUUAUCCUGGCUCUUCCAAGCUUAGUAAUGCUGGUGGAUAGUGGCCCUUAUUUUGAAGCUCUAUAAAUUAUUAUAUAUCCAACCCACACAUCCCUAGGGAUGUCUUCUGAAGCAAAUCGAUGUGUUUUUGUAACAAAAAAUAUUUCUGUUUGUAAAAUUACAACCUAAGGCGUAUAGGUUAGUUUUACAACAGAUAUGAGUUGUUAUAUGAGUUAUAGCGCUUCAAAAUAAUGGUCACCAUCCACCGGCAUUAACAAUCUUGGAAGAGCCAGGAUAAAUUUUUUAAAAACUCAAUUUGUCUGAAAGAAGAAAGUCAUAUACACCUAGGACGGCUUGGGGGUGAGUAAAGUGUGGGGUAAUUUUAGCUUUUGGGCAAACUAUUCCUUUAACUUUUUUUUUUAUCCAUUUAUUUAUAUUUUUAUUCACUUAUAUAUUUUUGAUUACUCAUCUUGUUUAUGGCAGGUUGUAUUACGUGUAACAUGUACAUUUCAAUUUGUUGGCGUGUAAAGGAUUACAUGAUGUGACGUUAACCAGAAACUAGACAUAUUUCCCAGAACUAAGGCGGUCCACGGUUCGUGUUUGUUGAUGUUUACAUUUGAUAUCUCUGUUAUGAAUGUUUUGCUUUGUUUCAUCAUGUAAGCCUUGUAAUAGCUUGGUUUCCAUCUUGGUUUCAUUGACCAGGAAUAUUUCAAACAGUGCCAUUUUGCUGUGACGUUCACCUUUGUAAUGGUCAAUAAGGCUUUUUCAGGUGUUUAACAAAUGGAAGACCACAGUGGAAUAAAGAGGUCUAAGCCAUAUUAAACAAAA